AAAAAAGGGCAACUGCGCCUCGAGAAGCUCGCAGAAAAUAACAAGCAGAUGCACACAAAAUCUGUUCACAUGUAACAGACGGUGGCUCGACUAUCAUAAGGUGAAUCGCAGAUCACGUUGUUAAGAGAACAGUGAGUGAUUUUAUGCUGCACUACGUCCACAGACGUCUGGUUUUCUUGACGUCAGGAGAAGUCUGAGCGGACCCAGCGCUGCGCACAAGCAGCACAGCAACCACAUCGCUCCCAGAGGGAAGGAGAACACAUCACAGCUACAUAUCGCCAUUUAGCUGUAGUGUGGCGAAUCCGAUCAGCGUUGUAGGAUGCCUCUUGGAGAGGAUGGAAAUGGAUGGAAAAAGAAGACAUCAGACAUCAAAGAACAUUAUGACUUCAAAGAAGUGCUGGGAACGGGAGCUUUCUCAGAGGUGGUUCUAGCAGAGGAGAAGAGGACCCAGAGGUUGGUGGCCAUCAAGUGCAUCCCCAAGAAAGCGUUGGAAGGCAAAGAGAACAACAUUGAAAAUGAGAUUGCAGUACUACACAGAAUCAAGCACCCCAACAUUGUUUCACUGGAGGACAUCUUUGAAAGUACAUCCCAUCUAUAUCUUGUCAUGCAGCUGGUAUCUGGAGGUGAGUUGUUUGACAGGAUUGUGGAGAAAGGUUUCUACACAGAGAGAGAUGCCAGCCAGCUCAUCCACCAGAUCUUGGAUGCAGUCAAAUAUCUCCAUGACAUGGGGAUCGUCCACAGAGACUUGAAGCCAGAGAAUCUGCUGUAUUACAGCAUGGACGAAGACUCCAAAAUUAUGAUCAGUGACUUUGGACUGUCAAAGAUUGAGGGAGCGGGCAGUGUCAUGUCCACAGCCUGUGGUACUCCUGGAUAUGUGGCUCCAGAGGUACUUGCUCAGAAGCCGUACAGCAAAGCAGUGGACUGCUGGUCCAUAGGAGUUAUUUCUUACAUUCUGUUAUGUGGAUAUCCUCCGUUUUAUGAUGAAAAUGAUGCCAAGUUAUUUGAGCAGAUUCUGAAAGCAGAGUAUGAAUUUGACUCUCCAUACUGGGAUGACAUCUCAGACUCAGCCAAAGACUUCAUCUGUCACUUGAUGGAGAAAGAGCCUUUGAAGAGGUACACAUGUGAGCAGGCCCUCCAGCAUCCAUGGAUCUGUGGAGACACAGCUCUGGACAAGAAUAUCCAUGAAUCUGUCAGCGCUCAAAUCAAGAAGAACUUUGCCAAAAGUAAAUGGAAGCAAGCAUUUAAUGCCACAGCGGUAGUGCGCCACAUGCGGAAGUUGCAGCUGGGCACUAGUCUUGAGGGACCCAGUCAGAUUACUCCCACCAGUCCCUGCCAUGGACAUCUGCUCCCAGAGGAAGAGGAGGAGGAGGAGGAUGAUUUGGGCAAUGGGGAGGAGGAGAGCCUGUCCCACUACGAGGACGGCCGUCGUGGAAGCAACGAGGGCAGCACAGAUCGGGACAGCCUGAGAAGCUGCACCUACUGCUGCAGGCCAGCCAGUCGCGUCUGAGCACAACCUCCCGUUGUCAUGGUGACAUUGUAUCCCUGGAGCGCCCAGAGCCCGCCCGCCCAGUCUGGCCAGGAAUGCAGAGUAGUUAUCAGGCAGUGUCCACCAGAGUACAUCCACAGCGAGCAGGUCACUGUAACAGUGUGGAGAAACAUACUGUAAGUCAUUGUCCCAAAAAAAUUCAAAACAUCCUGACUCAAGAUACACACCUUUUUAACUUUGUUGCAGAACAGAAUGCAAGGCUGCUCCGAGUCACAGUGAUUUAAAGAAAGGGCCUGUUUGCAUGAAUAUCCUAAAAUAAAACCCCCUAAGAUGUAGUUGUUGUUUGUGCCGCUAUAGCAGACACUGGUCAUUUGGAAGUGUGUACAUCAGUGGUUCUGGAUGUUAGUUUCAAGAAGGAUCCAAGCUUCUGGAGUCUCAAUCAAAGACAAGGCAGUGGCCAAAAGGCAGUCUUCUCCAUUAUUUUUGUCCUCACAUUAUCUGUCACAUCUACCUCUAACCGCAAUUACUGUCUGUCUACAUCCAUCUGGCUCACACACUCUACAUUACUGGCAGCUUUCUCCAAAAGUCUGGCCAGACAGGGCACAACAAAAGGGAAACGCUUUCUCGAGGGAAACAGUGCUGAGCGCUACUCCUGCAUGCAUUUAUACUCUUUACCCAUCAAUGUGACUCAGUCCAGUCACUGACCAAGUAGCUGUUUAGUUGAAUAGAUCUCAAGGCAUGUCUUCACUGCCGAUGCCACCUGCCCAUUUGUUCUGUUCAAUCACCCUUUUUUCUCAUGUUAAGUGUUUCUGUCCUUUUUUAGGUAUUUACUACUUUUGUUGAAAGCUUUUUUGGAAAGUGGAGUGUGAUUCUGGGGGUUAUGGACUCUAUAUUCUGGCUCAGACUGGGUUUGUGAAGAGUGGUUCUGACUUGGAGUGUCUGCAUGCUUCUGUUGGGGAAAACAUCAAACUGUAUGAAUAUCAAAAGGAGACUUUUUUGUUUUGUUUUAUGGCUGUUCUGUUAUUAGAGGCUCAAACUGAGAUCCCCGUAAGUCCGUAUAUCACAGGAAUCUGACCUCCUGCCAUCAUGUUAGGAGGAGUUAUUUUGAAGGUGUUGAGAAUCCUCUGUGCGUGGGAAGAAAACGAUCAGGUUCAUAUCGCGCUCAUCCUCCCCAUUCUGUUCCUGGCAAGCAUCUAAAUAUCCGCCUGCUGUCAGUCUCUGGGUCUUAUGUUGAGUCGGAGGGAUCUCAGUCUGGGCGCUCCGCCUGCUCUGUGCUGUGCACCUCUAGUGGAAGAAGUUUUGGUCUACUGUUUGCAUGACCUGGUUAAAUAUGUUUACAUGAAUGAUGAUCAAUUAGUAUAAACACACAUGAUUAUUAUUACUCUGUUGUAUUGAAAAAAUGAUGUAAUACUGUAAUUUUGAGCUAUAUAAUGUGAAGUGAGUAACACCAGAAGUAAUGUUGUUGACAAAGUACAACACAGCACAGUGGACUUAUCAUUUGCAUUGAGUAUGAUGGUCAAGUCUCUACCUGAGUGGCAUUUCUCCUGUACUAUGAUUAUUUACAACUCAAAUAUAAUUUUUUUCAGUCUGUUUUCUUGCCGUUGCUUAUGUAAAAUCUCUUAAGCUAUCUAUCCCUGUCAAAGCAGAAGAAAUACACAUAUCUUAAUUUAACACAGGUGCCAGCCACAGUACAAAAGAUUUUAAAAAAUAACGGGGCUUUAAACAUCACCUAUCUGUCGUGGGAGAAGCCCGAGCUCUACAUUUGUCCUCCUGAUGAACUACAGUACUAAAGCCAUACAGUGAAGUGGGGAUGUUUUACUGUAGAUUCAGAUAUGUUGUUAUCCUAUAAAUAUACAGCUCAGAUAAAGGAUGGCGAUGUUUUUGGCAAGAGAUUUAACAUAGAAAAGAAAAAUGAGACAAAAUCAUCCCUCUGACAACUGGCUGAAAACACUUUAAUCCUGAUAUUAAUCAUACCAUACCAUUAUUGAUUUAAGGUAUGUCAUGACAUAAUGCCGUAUCAUUAUUAGUUAGCUGUAGAGAUAGCCAACCAACCCAUUAAAAAAAUGUGUUGCCCAUAUAAAACCGGUUCCUUCGAUCUGUCAUUGAUACUUUCAGGUCCAUAGUACAGUAAAGGCUCUGGAUUUACAUGACUGUAAUUGUGGAAAAUAUGCAAACUGUGUGUGAAGGGCUUCAUGUUAACUGUAAGAUAGCCAAUGUUGAUGACUUUGAUAACCUGGCUAUUAUUUGUUUAGUAAUGACCUUAUGUUGAACCUUACCUGGGAUUUGUUUCCACUUGGCUGUGUUUUUUUAAAGCUUAUUUUACCCAUUACAAACACAUCUAAAUGCAUAAAGAAACACGUGUAUAUUAUAUAUAUAAAUAUAAGUAUAUAUUGUAUAUCCUUUUUUGUAAAAGCUGUUUUGAGCUACAAAUGUAUGGAUGCAAUGCAUCAUGGGUUAUUGAACAAGAUGUAAGAAAAUACAAUGAUUUGUACCCACAGAGCUAUGAUUGCAAGAAAUGAAAUAAAACUUCCUUGUCUAUG